AUUUUGGCUAGAAUGAGAAACGAUAAAAUUGUUCGUGCUAUAAAAUAUGAUGAGCUAAUAAUAGAAUAUGGAAAUGAGAUUUGUUCUCAUUUAAGAGAACAACAACAUAAAACUAAUAUAUGUACACAACUUAGGAGAUUGAGUCGAUUAAAAUUGAAAUUAAAUGUCAAAAAUUUGGUGGAUGCCUUGAUUACGUCAAGAAGCUUAGACGUUUUGGCAGCUAUAGAAGCUCUUGCCUCAAGUUCUGAGGAUGAUGGAAAUGGCCAAACAUUGGCUUAUCCUACAGUAGCACAAAAUCUUGCUACUCUUGUAAAACAAGUGGCUCAUACUCAGAAGCUGAUGUAUGUUAGAAAACAUGAUCUAAACUCGGCAAAUCGAAUGCAGAACUUUAUAGAACUAUUUGCUAAUGAUUACAAGUUAAGAUUAUCACGUAUGGCUGCAGAGUCCCAUGGGAUUAGACGUCGUCAAAGAAACACAGAGCUUCCAUCAGCAGAUGACAUAAGCACUCUUAUGUAUCACUUAAAAUCAGUAAUGCAGGAAAAUUAUAAUAUAUUAAUAAAUGGAUUAAAUGAAGAUGCUUACUUUAUGUUACAAAAAGCAUGCUUAUCAACUUUACAAGUAUGGAAUCGAAAAAGACCUGGAGAUGUAGAACGAAUAUUAGUAAAUGAUUUCAAAAAUCUCAAAGAAAUGAGUAAUUCUCAAAUAAAAGAGUUUGAUAAUUUAUCUAACAAUUUGAAAGAUUUAUCUCAAGAAUUCUCAUUAUUAUAUACACGAGGGAAGCUGGGAAAUGAUAUUAAACUUCUUGUUUCAGCUGAUGUUAAGUUGUGCGUAAACCUCCUUUUGGAGCAUAGAGAUAAUGACCAACUUAAAAUAAGCCCAAAAAAUCCUUAUUUAUUUGCUCUGUCUCAAACUCCUAUAUAUGCAAUACGCCAUCCAUCUGCAUAUUCAGUAUUAUCAACAUUCUCCAAAGAAUGUGGCGCAGAAAAACCAUAUUUAUUAAGAGCAACACGUAUGAGAAAGCAGCUGGCUACUGCUUGCAUUCGGUUGAAUCUAAAUGACAUGGAACUAUCAGAUCUCGCAGGCUACAUGGGUCAUCAUGUGAACAUACAUAAGUCUCAUUAUAGACAAAACAUUGUGGAUAGAGAUAUACCACUAUUUCUUAAAUUUAUUAAUACGGCUUUAACUUCAGAUGUAUCAGAACCAAUUUGCACAGAACUGGACACAACCGCAGGUAAUGAAAAAUCUGUUAUAGAAGAAGAAAUAGAAGAAGAAGCAGCAGAACAAGAAAUUGAUGAAGCUAGCAAAUCUAUUGAUUAUGAAAAAAAACCGAAGAAUCAAAAAGCCAAAAGUUUACGGUUUAACGCACCUGUAAUAGAGUUACCAAAGAAAGUUGUUAAAGAAGUAAAAAAGAAAGUCAAAUGGAGCAAACUGGAAUGUGAUACCGUAUACAAAACUUUUGAAGAUUUUAUAGUAGGAAAUUCGACUAACGCCCCAACGAUUCCUCAAUGCAAAGCAUUGAAGGAAAAGCAUUCUGAGCUGUUUCAAGAUAGAUUUGUGAACCCUGCGUCUAUAAAAGCAUGGGUUUUUGCACAAAGAAAGAGGUGUGGAAAUCAGUAAAUAUUAAAAAAAUAUAAUAUUAGAUAAAAAGCUAUCUAAAACUAUAGAUCUGUGAUU